UGGAAACAAUUUCGAAUUUCAGCAAGACAACGACCCUGAGCAUUCAUCUCGACUAUGCCGCAAUUAUUUGGACCAGCAGCAAGAACCUGGUGCAAUGAAAAUCACAACAUGACCUACCCAGUCCCCAGAUUUGUCUCCUAUUGAGUAUUAGUGAAGCAACAAGAGCCUACUAGUGCAGGAAGCGUGGGUAUCCUUAUAACCAACUAUUCUUGAAAAUUUG